GACUCGUCCUUGAAGCCAGACAUGGAGCAGCAGCUGCGCUCAGCCUCCAGCGUGGACGAGCUGAUGAGUCUCAUCUAUCCUUCGUACUGGACCGCCUCUGAAGUGCAGCCCAAACUCUCUGCGGCCUCUUCGGCCUCCAGGGUCUCCCCCCGGGCUCAGAGCCCACUGAGGCCCCCGGCUGAGGAGCCAACCUUCGCUGCUGCCUACCUCAACCUGGAUGUCCUGAAAAGUAUAGAGUCGGAGUGGAGGAAGACUCAGUGCAUGCCCAGGGAAGUGUGUGUCGACGUGGGCAGGGAGUUCGGGGCUCCCACCAACAUCUUCUAUAAACCACCCUGUGUGUCCGUCUACAGAUGUGGAGGGUGCUGCCACUCUGAAGACAAACAGUGCAGAAACAUCUCCACUGGGUACCUCAGCAAAACUCUGUUUGAGAUCACAGUGCCGAUCACCCAAGGCACCAAGCCGGUGACCAUCAGUGUUGCCAACCACACCCAGUGCAGCUGCCUGUCCAAACUGGACGUCUACAAACAGGUUCACAGCAUCAUCCGGAGAGCCCUGCCUGAGUGUCCAGCAGCCAAUAGGACUUGUCCUCCUGGUCAGUCUUGGAGCAGCAGGCAUUGUCGGUGUUUAGGCGGGACCUCCAGUAUGCACCACUACCCCCCCCCUCCACCGCUGCCGCCUCCAAGGCCCUCCCAACAGCAUCUUGACAUACUCUCAGCAGAUGUGUGUGGUAAGGAUAAGGAGCUGGACGUGGAGACCUGUCAGUGUGUGUGUCGGCGCGGGGAUAAGACUCCAGACUGCAGCCCUAACCGGCACUUUGACAGGAACAUCUGCCGGUGUGUGUGCAGCGUGCCGCCCUCUCCCUCCUGCCCGCAGAACCACGUCUUCAACAAGGACACCUGUCAGUGCACCUGCAGCAGGACGUGUCCCCGGCACCAGCCGCUCAACAGAACCAAGUGUUCCUGCGAGUGCAAUGAGUCGCCCAACAAGUGUUUCCUUAGAGGAAGGAGGUUUCAUCAAAACACAUGCAGUUGUCUCAGGCCUCCCUGCGAGGUGAGGAGGCGGCGGUGUGAACCCGGCUUCUCCUUCCGCGAGGAAGUCUGUCGCUGCGUACCGUCCCACUGGAGGCGACUGGACUGACGGCUGCUAACAUGCUAACCAGAUGCUAAUGAGCAUAUCACAGACUCAACAAAUAGAAUGAAUCACCAAUCCUGCUGCUGGUCAUGAGUAUCCCCACCAGCUGUGAUGGCAGCUAAGUGUGUGGACCCUGAUGAAGGUGGGAAACGUCAGAGAGCAGAUCUGGGGGGCUCUAGGGAUUUGAUGCACUGCCUAAACUUAUGAGGACGUUUUAAAGGAAGAGCGGCUGAGCGGGCCAGAGAAGGAAGGACUGAAACACUCGACACUUAAAAUACUGUUUAAAUAUUUUUAUAUAUAUUUGGAGGUUUUCUAUUAAUGAUGUCUCAAUAUUUUUGCGUCAAAUAUUGAUUAUAUAAUUUAUUAAUGUUAUUUUUCAGCCUUUGUUUAUUGCAAUUUCAAUCUUUUUCCAUGAAAAUACACUGUGAUCCAUAUUUUUGUAUCAUGUACAGUAAAUAUAUAUAAAUGUGUAAAAUAAAGUACUGUUACAUACUGUAAACCAAGUUUGUUCUGGUGCAUAUUAAAAUGUGGUUGUUCUGUUAUAAAUCCACCUUGGUCUCAGAAAAAAAUGUAAAACUGUAAAUCGAUGAAUUGUAAAGUUUUGUAAGGAAGAAAUACUACGGUCAAAUGUAAAGUGUGCCUUACUUAUAUAGUAAAGACAUGUUGGACUUUUAGAAACACCCAGGUUCUCCUUCUAUUGAUACAACGUACUCAUAUAUUUAAACUGACAUCGGAAGAGUUUUAUACCUAAGAGAUAAAAGAGGAAAAUAUUAAA